AUGAUGUCGCUAUGCCGGCGGCGUUCUCUCCCUCAUUGGAUCUCUUCCAUUCAGAAGCACAGGGAUGUCACCGCUCAAGCAGGGCGCCAGUGCCGGUAUCUCUCAGUGUACACAUGUCUCCGAUCUAAACAGACGCCGGACUUCACUUCGGGCUUCACCAGGAGUUAUGAUCCCACAGUGGAGGCUGGCCGUGGCCCAAUGUUCAGAAAAGUAAAUUUCGGAGUGCCGCAGUUUUAUCCCCGUGAUUUGAAGAGACGUGUGGACGAUUAUGUCGUGGGCCAGGACCGUGCUAAAAAGACAAUAUGCUCUGCCAUCUUCAACCACUACCAGAAUUUGAAGAGGCGGCGCCAGCACGAACAAGAAGACAAGGAGAAGCAUGAGAAAUUGAUGCGCCAGCGUUUCGCACGCGAGAGGGAGCUAUCUCAGAGGCGCUGGGAUAGUCUUCCUGUCGAAGAGGAAAAUAUUCCACAAAGCUCCGCGGCUCGUCAGAUACCUGAGCUAUGCGUGCCCGAGGCAAAUUCAGCAGCUCCCAUCUUCAAACCAGAAGAGCCGGGGAUUCCUGAGCAUAUCAAAAUCGACAAGAGCAACAUCCUCGUGAUUGGGCCGACGGGUGUGGGUAAGACAUAUAUCCUAGAAACUCUAAGCAAAAAGAUCCAGGUGCCGCUCACCAUCUGCGACUGUAACUCCCUGACUCAAGCGGGUUAUAUAGGGCAAGAUGUGGAGUCCUGCAUUGAAAGGCUUCUCAUAGAAGCCAAUUAUGACGUGAAGGCCACAGAACAUGGAAUAGUUGUUCUUGACGAAUUCGACAAGCUGGCGAGGAGAGAAACGACGACAGGUCGAGACGUAAGCGGCGAAGGUGUCCAGCAAGCCUUACUCAAGCUCAUUGAAGGCACAAAAGUUACCAUCAAUGUUAAGGACAAUCGCUCAUCGCGUGCGACCACGCAAAUCCCUACAAAUUACAAUGCAUCUGGAGCUCCAACUCCCACACUACCAGUUAACAGCCCUCCAGGUAAGGUGGACCAAUACACCAUUGACACCACUAAUAUCCUCUUCGUCUUCUGCGGUGCUUUUGUUGGACUGGACAAGAUCAUCCUCCAGAGAGUUACGAAACCAGCCAUGGGAUUCGGGGGAGACCUUCAAAGUCGCCAUGCCGGACCUGGAAAUGCUCAUGUUUUGCCACCCGAAAUAUACUCUCAUUUGGCUCAUUAUAGCCCACGAUCGGCAUCCUCCUUUACGCCGAUAGAUCUGGUAACAUCUGAUGAUCUGCAACGGUUUGGUUUCAUUCCUGAGAUUAUAGGCCGGUUACAUAAUAUCUGUGCUCUCAGUCCUCUGUCCAAAGAAGAUCUGUUUCGAAUCUUAACAGAGCCACGCAACAGCCUGGUAGCCCAAUACACUGCCCUGUUUGAAACAUAUCCAACUCAGCUAUAUUUUACUGGCAAAGCAUUGACUGCAAUUGCAGAGCGUGCUCUUACAGCUGAAACGGGCGCACGAGGACUGAAGAUGGAGAUGGAACGUGUUUUAGCCGAGCCAAUGUUUGAUGCUCCAACACCAUAUGUCCUCAUCACCGAAGCCUGCGUCAAGGGGUUUGAGAAAGCGGCUUACUGGGGCAAAGACGGUCGACAUGAGCUCAUUGAUCGACUACAAGAAGAGCAGCUCGACUCAUACAACCCACAGCACUCACCGGAAAGACUGGGGCAAGCAGAUGAAGGUACGGGGUGA